AUGCGCCCAGAAGUGGGUGAGACUUCUAGCCGCAGGAGAGGACCACCUGUCAGGACCUGCUGCCCACAGGAGGAGGCCGAGCAGAAAGCUGGGACAAAUGAAAGAAAUCCCAAACAUAGGGCUUUUGUCUUCCUCAAGUUUCAAGGACAAGAGCACGUUUCAAAUGAUCAGUCUAAUAUUUGUCCACAGCAAAAUCGAGAAUCACCAGGGUCUGCAACCAUACAGAAGACCACUAAGCCUCCUCGGAAUCAUCUGAAGACACAACACAACUUGGCUCGACUCAGAGACCCAUUGUUGACUUGCCAUGUCAGUGCAGACUCGACAAGCUGGGAGCAGCUCGGCACAAGGGGCCUUUGUGUCUUUUCUAGUGGCGCCUGGUCAAAGGACAGGGCCACAGCAAUGGGCAUUGCAUGCCAUAUCUCAAUGCUCAUGAGAACUAUGGAAAUAAGUGAAGCGCACUCAAAUGAGAACAAGAAGAGGUUCUUUAUUCAGAACUUUCCCUUGCAAAGGGGGUCGGCCACCAUCACUCGUGUUUGGCCGCAGCUCGAAGAAAGGGGGCAGAGCUUUCCAGUGGAAGAAGGAAUGGCCUCAGGUACACACUGAUUAGAGGCUGUCGGGAUGGGAACACUGCAGGUGGGCUACAUAGGAGUGAGGCAUCUUCUGGGAUUAGUUAGGGGUGCAUAUUUGAAUUUCUCUUGUUGGUUUUAAGUUGCAAGAAAGGGCAGAAAUUAGUUGUUAAUCACAUCCGGCCCUUUUUUUUUU